UUUAUGUAGUGUAUUGUCAUCCAAUGGCCUUUGUGUUCAGCCACUCCCCAAUGCGUCUUCAAAAGGAAAUGUCUGAUUAAUCUGACAUAUGCAGCAUUUACCGUGAAUGCGAUCUCGUGAACUCGGGAACAUUGCCUUUAAAAGCCGCAUUGCCUAUUACCCGGAAUCGGAUUGAAUCCCGGGCUUAGACAAAUCUAGAACCCACAUUCGACAAUUUCAAUAAACAAUCAAAUUCCAUGAUAGAGAAAUUGAAUGUCAUUUGAAGAUAAAGUUGCUUGCUUGAUGGUGACGAGUGGGCACUAGGGCCCCUCCUUCACUAUAUGUAAACACCGGUCUUGUUCAACAGUGCAGCUGACAGUGCAGGCGACUGGAAAUUAAAAUGCUAGCUGAUCCCAUAGAUUUCCAUUCAUUAAGCUAACGCUAGUUAGCAUUCCCUCCAGAAACCACUUUCAACUUCAAACUGCAUGCAAAGACAUACAAAUGGUAUCCAUGAGUUCAUCUGACUCUGGGUAAGUAGAACAAUUGCCAAAAUCUCUAAUUAUUCCUUUAAGUGAAUUUCAAAGUUAUGGGCCUUUCAGAAUUCAGUGUUCCAAACGACCUCCAUUUCUGAUAUGGUCAUAUCUCAGAUGUCCUACUGUACAUUUGGGACCCAUUAAAAGAAGCAUUACUAACUAGCCACGGCUCUAAAUAGGAACACAUCAAGUAUAUAACGUUUGUCUGAUUUAUACCAAAACUUAUUGACAACUGUUUAUAACAUAUCUUUGCUGCUAUCUUUUCAGAGUUUUCGUCAGAGCUUUUUCUUCCUCUGUCGUCUUAAUGCAUUGUGGCCGAAUUCCUAUGUUGAGAUAUACCCGUGACUCAAACGUCCAUUAAAUCACCACAUGUGCCUGUGGGAGACUUGUGCGAAAGUUUGAGUAGUAGUGCAUUUUCAAACUAGGAUUUCGGACGUGAUGCGUGACGACUCUCUAUGAAAGUCGGUGUGUCCUGGACAUCAAAGAGGACAGAUAUCUCUGGACACCAGAUUCAUCAGUGCCAAAGAAGAAAUGUUGGAUGAAGAUAUCUCAUUAUAUAGAAUUCCUCGGCCAAAUUGAAGAGAUUGUGACCAAACAUCGCGACAGCAAGAUUCCUCUUGCAAAGCCGAAAAGUUAUGAGUUGAGAAUCGGGGGUCUGGAGGAAACUGUCCACGCUGGAGAUGGUGAACAGUUAGAAGUUUGGAAAGACUGCUACCUUCCAGAGAGAAUGGAGAUGGUGGUCAUUGGUGCCCUGGAUGACUUCCGCUGUUCAGCGGCAGGAUGGCAGCUGGUUCUCCUGUUAUGUGAAGAUGGCAAAGUCUACGCCUAUGAGUUUGAAGUUCUGCACCUGGUUGCCAGAAGCUUGGAGGAUCUCUUUGAAACUGGAGCUGAGUUUCCAGGACUGGAGACAUUCAGAUUUGGAGAAUGCUUUGAGGAAUUGACUGAGGAAGAGAUGGAGAAAGAGAUGCAAUGUGAUGAAAUAAAGAAAAUCGAUGAUGCGCAUAUUCAGUUCCGAAGAAGAUUGGCGAUGGAGAUGCUGGAGGAUCUCGAAGCAAUCAAGCAAUCUGAGUCAACCAUUCAACCCAACAAAGUAAUGAAGAAUCAAGUCCGACCGGAUAUUCAAGGUCUUCCUCCGACGCACUGCAACCAAUCAAGAAAUCUCACAAAUCAAAAGCAAAUGGUAGGCCUCAAAUGUAUCUCGUGAUGAACACAGAUCACAAACUGCACUUUUUGUUUUGCUGUUUGACUGCCUGUUCAGUAUUAUCUCUGCACAGGGACUGGUUUAUGGACUUCAUGUCAAAAAGAGUCAGGACUUUAACAUGAACAUGUUUUAUGUUUUUCUACUUUGAGUACAAGGCCCAGAAAGGGGCAAAGUUUGAAUAGUGCUUGCAAAAAAUGUGUGGCCAGUACAUUUUGUGGGUGAUCUACCAAAAUCAAAAAUGCUAAAGACUACAGCCGCAAAUUGUUUGAUUGAUUACUAUUUCAUGACAACCUAUUUUGUUCACAAGACUAUAUCUUGCUGAAUACACUUUAAAAAAAAUGA